AUGUUUAUAAUUCAACCGAGGCUUGCGAUUUCACUUUUUAUUUUUCUAGUUUCUCUUGUUGUUUUCGUUGUGGCUGCAUUAAAAAGGGGAGGAGCAGAAGGAAUUGAGCAUUCAGGAGUUGGAGCAUCUCAUGGUCACCAUAAACAUCAUGUUUCGAAUACUGGAAAUCUUUUACGUAAGUUUUUCAGAACUUUUGUUUUAUUUUUGGUUUUUUCCGAAAAGUAAAUGCAUUUUCAAUCGAAAAAUAAUGAUCUGAAGGGUCCCUCUAAAUUAUGUCUGGAAAAUUAUUCCAAAGAUCUUACUUGUCCAAAUUGUAGUUAUGACGUGGAAGAAUUUGACAGUUCAAAUAUUAGUUAGGAAAGUCUCUCCUUCAAAGCCUUCAAUUCCCCAGAAGAGCAAAACUUGAAACAAAAAAUAUUUUUAUUUCAGGACUAAUUGCUGGUUCACAUCGAAGAAGUAAGUUACUCGAAUUUUUUUCAAGUUUUUAGAUUUCUCUUGAAGUUCUGACAAUUUUGAGUCCCAAAUUUUAACAUGUUUGAAUUCUCCGAUUUCUAGAGAAUUCUUAACAAAAAAGUAAUUUUCAGAUCGUGGGAAUAAAUAUGGGGCAGCAAUCCGAGCUGGAGCACAUUUAGUACACACUAUUUUUGGAAGUCAGUUUUUUUUGUCCAAUUUUUGAACACAAUCCGAAUUUUUUUUUCAGAUGGCUCCAAAAAACCCACAAACUCACAUCCAAAAAGUAGGUUAUUUGAAAAAAUUUCAAAAGUUUUCAGAUUUUUGUGAGCUUCUGAAUAUUUUAAGCCUAAACACAGGCAUGCUUUGACUCAAUUUUCUCCAAAUUUCAGAUAGGUUUCGAAUUUGAGAUCCAUAUUUUUCUUAAAUUUCUAAAAAAAAAUUGUUUGUCUUACAAUUAAUUUUGUCUCUUUUCAGGCGGUUAUAAACAUUCUCACAGGCAUUCCUCAGUUCAACAUCAACAUCAACAUCAUUCGUCUCACAAAAAAUCUGGAAAAUAA